GAUUUCCCUAGUGUCCCUAGCCAUUUCCUAAUGUGUAAACAACGUUGGCGCCAGUCACGCCGGCAACGCCUUCUCUUGCAUUUUCUUUUGCCAGUCGUUCUCGUUUUAUUCUGGGAGCAACUACCUGACAACGGCACUCAUUCCCGACACUUCACCAUGGCCACAUCAGCUCCAGCCGUGUCAGCAGAUUUGACUACUGCAAUCGUUGCUUUUACCAUAGACCUGUACAAGCAACUUCUCUCAGAGAGUGAUGGAACAAAGAACAUUGUCAUCUCCCCAUUCAGCAUCGCAGCUGCUCUGUCAAUGACUCUUGCCGGUGCCAAAGGUCACACAGCUGUUGAAAUCACCAAUGUCUUGCAUACAAAAGAUGACAUGAUCCACGCACAUUUCUCUGAUUUCUUUGCCAAAGUUGCAACCUAUGCACCUGAUGUGACGCUAGAUGUUGCCAAUCGCAUGUACUCAGAAAAGACAUUCAAAGUUCUGGAAGACUACCUUGCCAUACUGAACAAAUUUUACAACAGCACAGUGAUACCCGUCGAUUUCAAGAACGAUGCUGAAGCAGCCAGACUUGCAGUCAAUGCCUGGGUAGAAGAAGCCACAAAAUCAAAGAUCAAGGACCUCCUUCCCAAUGGUGUUGUGAAUUCCGACACUGCGCUUGUGCUGGUCAAUGCCAUUUACUUCAAGGGUCUGUGGAAAGAGCAGUUCAACCCCAGAGCAACUUCCCUGCAGAAAUUUCACACGUCCAAAGAAUCAGCUAAAGAGGUCCACAUGAUGUACAAGCAGUCACAUUUUAAUAUCAACACCGAAUGCACUGGCUUGAACGCCAAUGCAAUCGAAAUCCCGUACAAAGGUGGCAAGACGUCCAUGGUGAUUCUUCUGCCCUAUGAAGUCGACGGCCUUCCAAAGCUGGAGGCAGCACUCACGCCAUCGAAACUGUCGGAUGUAUUGAAAGGGCUUGACUCGACACUUGUUGACCUAAGUCUCCCACGAUUUAGGAUCGAGUACAGUUUUGACCUAAAGAAAACACUUCACGCCAUGGGUGUAAGAGAUUUGUUCACCGACAAUAAGGCAGAUCUCUCGGGAAUAGAUGGAAAAAAGGACCUCGUGAUCUCGGCAGCAAUUCACAAAGCCUUCGUGGAGGUUAAUGAGGAAGGAACAGAGGCAGCAGCUGCUACAGGAAUGGUGGCAAUGGCAAGGUGUGCCAUCAUUGGCAUUCCGUUCUCAGUUGACCACCCUUUCAUGUACUUUAUUCGAAGUCGCGACCCGGAUGUUAUUCUUUUUGCAGGGUCAGUACGUGAUGUAUAGUGGCUUACGGCUGCUUGAUUUUGACACAUUUAACUUGUGAUCAUUAUCACACUUUAAAAAAAGUGAUCAGAGUGCAAUAUCUCCAGUGAGUUGCUCAUCGACUAUCAUAUUCUGCUGUUGAGCACAGGGUCGUGGGUUUGUUCCUAUUGGUGGAGGUUGCUUUCAAAAGAGGGCAGGAUGGACAAAAAAAAACACUUCUGUAAUUUUGGAUGAAUGUCUGUGAAGUGCUGUUUAUGAAACAGAAGUAAUAGUGCAAGAAAGCACAUUUGCGAGGCUGCUGCAAGAAAAUGUUGAGUUAUAUAUAUUCAUAAUUUAGUGUUUCUGCACUUUUACUUCGGUGUCGUAGUUCAAUUAUACACUAUCAUCAAGCAUUAUUGCAGUACUACUUUCUAAGUCAUGCUAGUUUGUUCCGUUUAGGAAACAUCAAGUGGAUGAUAUGAUUGUGUAAGCCGUUUGUGCAACAACCACUGCAUAAUAUGCAUUAGGUGCAAGAUACGAACUAUGCCCGUCCACUAUUCUGUCAUGGUCAGUCAAUCAAGAACUGCAUUUCACUGUCUUAUGGUUGUUGCUGCUUUUAUAUUGAUCUUUGGCCUUCCAUUAUACUGCACGUCUAUUUGGGAUAUUUUGAGCAUCUGUGGGCUUGUGUUGUUUUUGGUGGCAGUUAAUCUCUGCAGUGCCUUCAGAAGCGAUGAAUUUGUGCUUCUAUUGCUGUAAACUUGUGUAAAGUUCUGAAAGAGCGCCCACCUAAUUUUCAAUGGCAUCAUCUAAAAAAAUGCGCACUAGACAAUUCUUUGUGUUUAAACUCUGAAAUGGCAGGAAUAAGGGUGCACUUCAAAUGUGAGCAGUACGUGGGCACCUAUUAUGUUGAGUCUCGUCAAUAUUGUCAUCACUAUGACAUUUAAACCAUUCUUUGCUGUUAGAAUCAACAUUCAGAAUUGGCUCUUUGUGUGUCAAGCUGUUCAGGCUUUCUGUGCUGUUGCACUACUUCCAACGGUUUUCUGAUAUAAAAUCAAGUUUCAAUGCGCUGGCAUGUACCGCUGGACAUAGAGAAAUGACUGUGAUGUUUCACCAUGUGGUCACUUCCCUCUCUACUUUGAUGCAGGAUUGGAGUGCUGAAUUGUGGUGAGGAACGUGUCCCUAAACAUGAUAGCACCAGAUUAGUAUGGAUUAUCAGGCAUGGCAAUUUUAGGUUAUUUAUUGAAAUAGGCGAUGGGUACUGAAAAACAUGGAUGAAUGAUCAAAAUUUGGGAUGUGGGCAUGUAUUUGUGGCUCCAUGGUACGUAUGUUGUGUGCUGCAGUUUGAUAUGUGUGCUGCAUCAAUUGCAAUACUCACCACUGCACUGUGAAAGUGCUGGUGUGAUGCAAGAUUUUUCUUUUGCCUGUCAACCACGCAGAUUAGGUUAUUGUUUACAUGGCAGCCACUGAAAUGCACCUAGCAUGUCAGUAUUGGUUUGUUCCCAGCUGCUCAUGUUGUUGGUACUGUCGGUUUAUGUAAAAAGGGUUUCUUUACAUUUGACUGCAUUGUAGCCAACAUUUUAUUAAUCAUGACAGAGUAAAACCUGUUUCACCUGUGUUUCUGCUAUCUGAUUGUGGCACUGACUUCAGCUGUAUGAACAAAGAAAAAAAAAGAAAUACUGUACAGUAAAAAUAAACACCGAUAGUGCUUUGUUUUUUUCUCUUCUCUGAAUGAACAUUGUGUUUGCAGUCUUUCAUUGCUUUCUCAAAGGGCCCCUCAGCAAGUUUGGGCAUUGCGAACAGACAUUGUGGUGCGUAGCUGGCUAGACCAUGUCGUGAUCACCGUGUCUGCAAAGUACACCGUAAGAAAAGUGUUUACCCUUUGGGGCUUAUCUUGUUUCCAAAAAUUAAUUGUCAUCCAUCUUGCGUGCCUUUCCUGUCUUUAACGCUGCACACCUGAUACUUCCAGGUCAUGAAUAGCAUGCAUGUUAUCAAUGUGACAUAGCAUUCUCAACAGGAAAGCACCGAGUGCAACGUUUUCAAGAAAGGAGACGUAAGCAAGCCAGACGACGGUUAUUGUUUGGGGACAAAACAUGCCCCAAAGGGUGUAAACAUUUUCUGACAGUGUAUUGUACCAA